AAAAAAAAAUACAAAAAGACAGAGAGAGAGGAAGGAUAAAGAAAAGACAAGAGGCAAGUGAAGGAAAGGAGGAGGAACAAAAGGCACGAAUAGAAGGAGCACAAACAGGAAAGAGGUGUGUUUGAGCCUGAACUGACGGAGUUGAGCUCUUGUUGAGCCUUUUAGACGUUUUCCCCCGUAUCCUGCUGGGGCUGUUUCUGGACUUUUGGAGACCAGUGGCUAUUUACGUCCGUUGGUGUCAGCGUGGUUUGGGAUGGAUGCCAUCCUAAUGCAAGAGAAACUGGUGGAACGGCUGCUCUGCCCACGAGUGAGAACAGCCAGGCAGAAGGAGAAACAGUAUGUGGGUUUUGCAACUCUACCCAACCAGGUCCACAGAAAGUCUGUGAAGAAAGGCUUUGAUUUUACGCUGAUGGUGGCAGGAGAGUCUGGUAUGGGCAAAUCCACACUGGUAAACAGCCUGUUCCUCACAGACCUCUACAAAGACAGGAAGUUACUCAAUGCUGAAGAGCGUAUCAAUCAAACGGUGGAGAUCAUCAAACACACUGUAGACAUUGAAGAGAAAGGAGUCAAACUCAAACUGACCAUUGUGGACACACCGGGGUUCGGAGACGCUGUCAACAACAACCAAUGCUGGAAACCCAUCACAGACUACAUAGACCAGCAGUUUGAGCAGUACUUCAGAGACGAGAGCGGCCUGAACAGAAAGAACAUCCAGGACAACCGCGUGCACUGCUGCCUUUAUUUCAUCCCUCCAUUUGGUCAUGGGCUGCGUCCAGUGGAUGUUGAGUUCAUGAAGGCUCUGCAUGAGAAGGUGAAUAUCAUACCACUCAUCGCCAAAGCUGACUGCCUCACGCCCAACGAAAUCAAGAAGCUCAAAGACCGAAUACGAGAGGAAAUAGACAAGUUUGGGAUCAAAGUGUAUCAGUUCCCUGAAUGUGACUCAGAUGAGGAUGAAGAGUUUAAACAGCUGGACAAAGAGCUGAAGGAGUGCACCCCGUUCGCCGUCAUCGGCAGUAACACAGUGGUGGAGGCCAGAGGGCAGCGGGUCCGAGGCAGACUGUACCCCUGGGGGAUUGUCGAAGUGGAAAACCAGUCCCACUGUGACUUUGUCAAACUGAGGAACAUGCUGAUUCGGUCGCACAUGCACGACCUCAAAGAUGUGACCUGUGACGUUCACUACGAAAACUACAGAGCACAGUGCAUACAAGAGAUGACCAGUAAACUGGCUCAGGACAACCGGAUGGAGAGUCCCAUCCCCAUCCUGCCGCUGUCCACUCCAGAUGUGGACACAGAGAAACUCAUCAAAAUGAAAGAUGAGGAGCUGAAGAGGAUGCAGGAGAUGCUGACCAAGAUGCAGCAGCAGAUGCAUGACAAAGACCAGUGAUGGCUCCAGCUCCAGCUCCAGCUGCAGCUGCAGCUCCAGCUCCAGCUGCAGCGCCACCUGCUGUCUCAGAUGGGAGGAAACAGCGAGUGGAGCCUCAAACAGCUCCAGUCCGUGUGGAUAUGACGUGUCAGUGGCAGCUCUGGCUGUAAAUGGAUUUUCAGUUUGGUGCUGUUGUGUAGUUUGUCUGCCUGGACGGCUGUUGUGUCAGAGGGGUUUAGGUGGUUUUCUUUUCUGUUUUUUUUUUUUUUUUUUUUUUUUUCUCUGAUACUUUCCGUUUGCCCACUUUGAGCCCCUCGCUGUGGUUAACAGUCGGAACAGAUAUUAUAUAAAUGCGUAAUUUAACUUACUAGUCAGUGGAUCUAAUUUAUAAAAGCAGUGCUAAACCUUUGUGAUAUUCUGUCAGGGUAUGAAUAUGUGUUCUGCAAAAUGUUUUGUAAAAGGAGUCUUAAGUUGAUGUGUUAGAUUUGAACAUUGGAUAUUGUUUGUUUUUUUUUAAUUCUCAUGUGUUCGUGUAUGAUUGUGUGUGUUUGACAUCCGUCCAUAAACUCCCUUUUGUUCUCCCAGAGGUACCACAGAGACUUUGGUUCAAGCCCACCUCUGCUCUUGCUAAUCCACUCUUUGAUCAUCACAAAUCCCUUCAUGUAGUGACAGACUGUUUGGAACAUAUUUAAAGCCAGUAUUUGUCUUCUUCUGCUGGCUGAGCUGAAUAUGCACUUAAUAUUGCCAGUGGCUGACUGGGAUGGAGAGCCUCUGACAUAAUGAUAGGGUAGGUGCAGAAUGGAGUGCAUGUGCGAGCAUGCUUCUGUUACUCAUAUCCCUGAAACGCUGUGGGCCUAUUUUUACUGCUUUCUAGCCGAUGCCCUGUGCUUGUAAUCAAAUGCAUCCUGACCUGUGCUUUGUUGCCACCGUUGGAUGGUUCUAAAAAAUACUGAGGAGUAAAUCCUGUGUCUCUGCUUCUGUUUGGACGCUCUCUCUUUGGAAGCACAUUUUGCCAGUGAACAUUUGUAUCCGGUGUGUGAGGCUGGAGUGUGUGUGUGACUGUGUUUGACUCAGUGAGUGUGUGAUUCUGAGGUAGAGUACAUGUUUUGCCUGAAGCCUGAGAGCUCAAGCCGUGCCCUGUUUCUAAAGGUGUGACAAAUAAACACUUGUUUCUCGUGUU